CAUCCUCCACUGACUGUACACAAUGAUGGCGGAUGAAUGAAAACUUUUGUGGACUCGCGUUGUAACUUUCGUGGAAAUGCAAGCGUUACUCAGUGUAAACGUUAAUAAAAAUCGGUGUAAAUAAAUACAGUGUAUAUAGGGAGUGUUAUAUUUGUGGAAAUGGCCGCGUGGGCUGGGUUUUCGGAAGAGGAAUUGAGACGGAUUCAGCAGAAAGGCGAGCCGAAUGAAAGUGUAGCCGCUUCGCUGGGCCGAGGCCGGAGAUCCGCGGCUACUAACCGGAGCAGGCAGCAGCUGCAGCGGGAGAGAGCUCUACAGAUGGCCGCAAGAAACACAGCGCCUCUGAGCGACUCUCCUCUAUCUCCUGAGCAGCAGCUUCAACCUGCUCCAUCACCUGCUCCAGCACAGCCUCCACCACCCGCUUCAUGCCAAGCAAUCCCAGAUAAUAUACCAAAACAUGAUGUGCACCAGGAGGAACCAGAUCCUGUUCAGCUCAGCUCAGAAGAUCCUGCAGCAGCAGCAGUGAAGGAACUGGACAAACAGGAAGUGGAAUUACGAGAGAAGACCCGUCUGCAGCAACUUCAGUGGGAGCAGCGGGUGAUGGAAGAGAAGAAUAAAAGAACCAAAGCACUCCUAGCCAAGACCAUUGCUGAAAAAUCGAAGCAGACACAAGCUGAAGCAGUCAAACUGAAGAAAAUCCAAAAGGAGCUCCAGGCUCUGGAUGAUUCUGUGUCGAGUGAUAUCAGUGUCCUCAGGAGGCUGAUCGAGCAGGCCAGUCUGGAGUACUCCACUGCAUGGAAGCGCUUGGAAAAGGCCGAAUCAGAGUACGUAGUAGCCAAGCUAGACCUGCACAAGAAGACGGAGACGAAGGAGCAGCUCACCGAGCAUCUGUGUGCCAUCAUCCAGCAGAACGAGCUGCGCAAGGCUCGCAAGCUGGAGGAGCUGAUGCUGCAGCUCGAGCUCAGCACGGAUCAGGCGUCCAAGGGAGUGCAGGAGGAGGCGUGUGAGGAGAGGCAAGGCCCCGCCCACACGGCUACAGCCGACGGAACUAAAGCGAAACAGGAAACGGACGUUAGCGUGGAGAGAGGAGAGACCGCCGUAAAGACAAGCGAAGGUCAGGAGAGCGAACCGGUCACUGCUGCUGCGAGUGGCGAGGGCUAGUCUCACGUCAUUUAUUAUGGGGAAGCUACAUUUGUGGGUCUGGAUGAUCCACAACACUCAUAAUAAUAAUAAUCAAUUGCAUUGAUGAUGGUAGAUCAAGUAUUAUUUAUUAUGGUGGAGGGAGCAGGAAGAAUCCAGGCUGCAGAUUACAACUUGAACAAAUUUGUUCUUCCUAAGAGAUUUCAUUGCUAUAUAAAGCAUCAAUACACCUUUUCUUACAAAGUGUAACACUAUGAGCUAUAGUCUUUAUCAAACUUUUAGUAUUGAAGAGUUUCUUGAACACUGUGCUGAAAUGUAAAACUGUACAACACACAGAAAAGUGUUUUUAGGGAGGAUCUGUCAUGCAAAGCCAUGAUUACUGUGUAAAGAACAAACACCCAUGGUGUGUAUAUAUACACACACACAGGUUUUAUGAAUUAUUCAGGAAGGUGAAAAUGCCGGGUAAAGUAUUUAACAUGUUAUAAGAUGAUGUGUUAGAAUUUCUAGAGAUUAUUCACCCACUUUCCACCACACUGACUAAAUUUGUGUAGUUUGAUGGGUCCAAAUUUUGAACAUUUGCUAAUUUUUAAGCCAAGUAGUGGGUUUUUGUACGGUUCGAAUCGAUGGAGAAACAUAAUGAUUCUUUGUUUGUUAAUCAAGUAAUGACACUACACUUCAUGUUAUGUUUUCAGAGCUUUGAUGUACUGUAUAUAUAUUUAUAUACCCUAUAGAUGAUCAUUUUACAUGUUUGAUA